UUGUCCUUGAUAAGUUCAAAUUCGGGUUUGGUUCAUAUAUAGAAAACUUGUCGGAAUUUGGUCUCGUCGAACAAACAACUUUUAGUGAUUCCCAGAUAUAUAUACUGUACAGCAGUACAAUAAUAAAGGCGAGAAAAAUGACCAAAUCGGUGAUUAUUUUCUUCGGGAUUCUUCUGGUCCUGGGAUUCGCCGGCUUUUCCGAAGCCCACAAAGGCGGGAAACGCGGCGGAGGAGGAGGAGGAGGAAGACAUGGAGGAGGAAGUCACGAAAACGGUGGGAGCAGUGAAGAAAUAGGCACAGGAACGAACACUACGGUGCUCGUAGAUGCUCUCAUUGCCAGAAUCACGGCUCUGCUGACGAGUGUCGACAACCAAACCCUAACGGAUGCCAUGAACACUUCAGUGACAAACAGAGACUUGCCUGCGGUGAAGCAGUUGCUGACAGAUGUCGCUGCUGGGACCUCUGGAGGAAAUGAGGCUGACUUCACUGAAGCCCAGUCCAUUCUGGACGCCAUUGUAGCUGCUGAAGCAACUGCCACUUCCAACAGCUCUUCAAGUGAAAACAGCAAUAGCAACGAGAACAGUCAGGAAUACGGGUAUAAAAACGUGGGAAGUGGGACGUCAUCAACAACAACAACAACAACAACAACAACAACCGCGGCCCCGACAAACCCCCUGUUGCCAACCACUGUCAGAAACAGACUCACGUCACUUGUUGUCUCCGUUGACGAUCCCAUCCUCACUUACACCAUGAACUCGGCCAUCAGAGAUACAAAUUUGGUCAUCAUCAGGCAGUUGCUGACCGACAUUGCGGCCGGGAUUUACGGCGGCACGGAGGCGGAUUUCGCCGAGGCACAGUCCAUUCUCAAUGAGCUGAAUGCUGCCCCUGGCACCGUCAGUGCCAACGCAGCAGCGGCCACAAGGAACACUGGCCGGACUCAGAAGGCGAGCGGCUCGAACAGCAGGAGAAGCGUGUUGCGGCGUAGUCGAGCUGGGUAGACCGCAUCCACACACUGUAUGCGCUCAAGUCACUCACUAAGUCACUAUACACACAAGGCUAAACUCAACUCUACGUCGGGAAAAGACAAACACGGAGCAGUCGACAAAUGCAGACCAAGAAAUCGAAACAUUUCAUGUACCAUUGGGGAUGCAAAUACUGUACAAUAAUGAAUGUACCAGCACUCACUCACAUAUUGCUCACAGAAAUGCUGAUGCCGCCGCGUAAAAAGAAAAGUGUAUUUUUGGCCUAAUUAAGGUCCAAAGUCGAUCAUUCCGAAAAUCAUAACCUAUACACAGUACUUCUCGCUAUGAUUUUGUAUGUAAUUGUGACGAAAAGAAGUACCGGAAUGUGGAAAAUAGAUCGCACUUUUCUGUGCGCAAUUUUGAAUCAGAAAUAAAUGUCCCGGUACGGUAUAUA